AUGCAUAACGUCAAAGAAAUGGAUUCCCAGAGACGUCCUGGUCCCCCAGUCUCACUAGAAGACCAACCAGUUCAACUCUCUUGCCUUCAAGCCAUACCAGCAGCAUCAAAUUUUUCACUGAGUCCAAUGAUCCUGCAGACAGAACAGGCACAUUCUCAGACAAUGUACCUGAAAGCCCUUACUAUUCCACUUUAUCAACCUGUCCAGUCGGAAUGCCUCCAGCCAAACAGCCAGUUUCCCGCAGGCCAAACCAGUUUCAACUUAAAGAACAGUCACAUGCCUUUAAUCCUAAGCCCGCUGGUACAUUCAGAGGGAACCGAUCAGCUCCAGGCAGCCCCUCAGAAGCCUCCUCAGACAAUAAACAUAGUUAGUGGUUUACCAGUUUUGCCACAAAACUCUUCUCCAUGUGCACCACUUGGAAGCCCAGGGAAAUCUCCCAAAAGUGCUGGGAAGUACCUCUGUAAGCACUGCGGGCGCGACUGCCUGAAGCCAAGUGUCCUGGAGAAACACAUGCGCUCGCACACAGGGGAGAGGCCUUUCCCGUGUACCACGUGUGGCAUUGCAUUUAAAACUCAGAGCAACCUGUAUAAACACAGGAGGACCCAAACUCACGUCAACAAUGCAAGGCUGCCCUCAGAGUCUGAGAGCGGUAGUCUGUUAGAGGAGAGCGAGAAGGAGGCUGAGAACGUUAGGUCCCCUCAGACAACAAAAACCAGUGAUAGGAGUAGUGACUACCCAAGGGCAGUUAUUAAACAAGCCAUGUCAGAGUCUACAACAGUGGUAGCCAGCGAGAAGCAUCCUCCCGCUAUUUCAUUGCCAGCACUGAAUGCUUUAACCCUCGUAUCUGAAGACCAGUGUGGGACACCUGACAACCCCUGUCACGGAGGGUUGAACCAGAGCGUCCUUGAAAAAGACACCAUGAAAGAUCUAGCCAAUCUACUUCAGAGAAGGAAGGUACAGGAACAGAGGUCUCCCAUGGUCAGUCAACACUCUCAGCUGCAGAGGCAGCAGGCCACGUAUCCAGAGAGGCUGUGGGACAGCAAAUCUCCAGACUACAAGCUGAAGAAAUGCGAGAGCACCGACUCAGGGUAUCUGUCCCGCUCGGAUAGUGUGGAGCAGCAGAUGUUGUCCCCCAGUCCCCUGCACAGUCUUUGCGAGCACAGCACAGAGUCCGAGGGCGAUGCCGCCACGAGCGAUGUCAGGUGCACAGCAGCAAAUCAUUCGAAGGCCGACGCGGCCGAGAAAGCAGCCGGAAGCUUGGCGUUCGAGAAGAAGAAGCUGGAGGAGCACAUCGCUAAGCUAAUCUCUCAGAAUAAAGCGGUGGUGGAUGACACCCAACUGGACAAUGUGAGGCCCAGGAAAACGGUUCUGUCCAAGCAGGGGAGCAUCGACUUGCCGAUGCCUUACACGUACAAAGACUCGUUCCAUUUUGAUAUACGAUCUCAUGAUGUAAACAGGAGGAAGAACCUCUCCCUUUUCUCGGCCAAAUCCACCUUCGCUCCCGUAGAAAAAGCCAAACCGUUGUUUUUUCAUUCGGUCCCCACUCAGUUCUCCACCACCAUCGACUGUGUGCCGGUCACCAGGAGUAACUCUUUGCCUUUUGUUGAGAGUGCCAGGAGAAUUCAGGACCGAGGGGAUAGUUCACCAUUCUCUUCUUUCACAAGAGGGCCCCCGAACGUGAGUUUUUCUGGUCUGUCCCACAGCAGCAGCUUUGCUGUGAGUCGGGAGGGUUUUCCUACCAGCCAUCCUCGGGGACUUGUCAGACAGGCGGCAGUAGAUGACCUGCCGCUCGGUAAUGUGAUAGAACCGUCAUCUUCUUCAGAAGAGGUGAAAGGCACUAAAAAGACUGGAGCCAGAGCGGAAGGAGUGAAGUGUAAGAAAACCAGUCAGAGGAAAGCCAAAAUGUUCUCUCAGGAAAAAUGGCAGGUGUAUGGGGCUGAGACGUUUAAGAAAAUCUACCAAAAAAUGAAAAGCAACCAAACAACAAAGAAACAAAAGGGAAAUAAGGCAACCGACAUUUCAAGUUUCCAGUCUGAUACCAAGGAAGCUGCUAGUCAUGAGUGGAUCGCUGGGCCUAGAAGUGGCAGAUGUCUGUCAUCUAAGAAUCUAGUUUCAUCCCCAGUGGCUAUUCCUGCUAAGUUAAACACUGAAGAGUCAGACGGAAGCUCCAUUGGUGGUCAGAUAUCACAGAGUACGUCCUCUCAGGAGAGUUCAGGCAGCUUUUUGGAACGAAUGGAGACAUCUUUUUCAGCCGGUGAUAGAGAUCGCCAUGGGAUACCUAAAACAUUUUCUGAAUGUAGAUGCAGAGAAAUGUGUGCAUUCAAAAAAGAUCCGAUGUUGUCUUUAAGCACCAGCUGUGAAUUGAAACUCCAACUUCACCAGGCCUCAGGCGAAGAGAGUAAUAUCCUGUCUGCUCGCUUGCAGAAGUGUGGCAAUGAAUCAGAGGAAAUGUGUGGACAAGGGGAAUAUAUUAAACAUGUGCCAGAACAUGAAGAUAUUUCACUUGUCAAAGGAGAAGACCCCGGUGGGAAAGAAAGCUUCCCACUUGCACAGGGGACCUUACCUGUACAUCAGGGCAACUGCGGCAAACCUGUGCAGGAAUCCCAAAAGUUGCCUUCGGAGAGGAAAAAACUAAAAGUGGAUGAAUUGAAGAGCAAAGAAAGCGUGUUAAAUAGCAUCGGUGGCCCUAGCAGGUCAAAGGACAGGAUUGUGAAAUUGCUAGAUCAAUUCAAAAUUAUUAACGUCAUCGCUCCUGUUUCGAUAAAUCAUUCUGUUAAAGGGGAAAAGCAGAAAUUCACAUCAGACUCGAGCUCACUAGGCAGCACUGUGGAGUGCAAAGAAUCUGUCCAGAAUCUCACAAUGAGCUCCAAUAACAAGGAUAGCAUUGCAGAUAAUACUGUGAGUGUUACUGCAUUUUCGUUUUCUGAACAACUCAGGGCUGAGGUGACAAAGGAAUAUAUCUGUAGUUCCUACUCUUUUCAUAAACUGACAGAAAAUACCAGUCCAGUGAUAAUAGGGACAAGAAUGUUAUCUCAGAAAGGAGACACAGCAGCAGCAUCUUCAUCCAUUCAGCCACUGGCAACUCCCCAUCUAAAGAAAAAUGAGUUCCUCCCCAAGUACCUUCUCAAAUAUCCACCAGAAGGAAAUAGCAGAGAUGCGUCACUGAUUCCUCCAGAAGAGCUGGACCAAAAGGCAUGUGUUUUGCUGCCGAUGACUUCCACCAGUACUGUUAACCUUCUCCAUAAUUGCAAAUCGCUGGGUACCAGUUCUGCAGAUGUCUGCGUGUGCCCUUUGCAACUGGAACUGAGUCAUUCGACCAGAACAAAAGAGCUAAAAUGGGAUGCCUGCCCAGCAUGGAAGUCUCUUGUAGCUUGUUCACCAGCAAUCCUAGAAACAACCAGCAUCACAACCAGGGUAGAUAGGCGACAUCACCAUCACCAGGGUGCCUGGCAGAGGGAGAAGGUGAAAGAAGUCUUGAAAGAUGCAGAAGACAGGGACAAUUUUGGUGAAGUGCCGGAAGGUGAUGGGGGCGCAAUGGUCUGCUCACCAUAUGCUGCAGGAAAGAAAAUAUGCUUCACAUCUAUGUACACAGGAGGUUUUUUCAUUUCUUCAGACAUGACGGAGAGGAAUCCGGCCCUAAAGUUAUUACGCUCAGGGAACAGUUCGGUAAUAUCAGUCUCCUCGCUGGUUGAAAGGGCAGCUUUGUGCGGAAAUCAUGACAACAAAAUCAAGGAAUUGGAACCAAAUGUUAACUCAUUCUCAAGGUUGCCUGCCUCUGCGAUGGAUGAUUCCAGAUGCCUUUGCCGUUCCUCGGACAUGCUUUAUUGCCACGUGGUCUGCACCCCUCAGAAGGAAGUUCGCACACUGUCCCAGCUGAGCAUGAUUUCACAUGUAUCCUUCCCUAUGCUAAAUGCUGAACCUCGAUUGACUUGGUGUUGUUUAACCCGAAACCUCCCUCUUCCUGUUGAGCAGAAGGAGAGGAAAGAUUCAGCGUAUUCUUCCUUGCAUACCUGUAAGAACGAAAGAGCCAGCUUGAAGUGUAGCCUGACGUUUUGCAAAACGAAACACACUAGGCAGGCUGCUAGUGAAGGCUCAACAAGUGGAACUGUAAACGCACCAAUGCCCUUUUGUACUCCGAGGCAGCAAACAGAGAAGCCGUACUUUUCAACAGCUGGAGGCGAUGAACUCUUGAAAAGCAUUUCAGAGCAAGAAAAGGCAAACGAAACUCUUUGCAAAAUAAGAGGACUCACAACCAAAGGUAAAACUAAGAGAAGCCGGAAACGGAAAAAAGUGAAAAUCAACCCCAAACGAUAUAAAGGAAGUUAUGGACAUAGACACCUAUUGCUGAAAAGCAGCCGGCUGAGCAAACAGCACUGGCCUGUGAAUCAGGCUCCGGAGACUCCCCAAAAGCAUCACCCUCCUUACAUCCCUGAUGGACCUGAGUAUUGUGGGAAAUGCCUUUGCCUUCCAGCAGCGUCACAAGGACACGAUCAAAACCUUCAGCAGCAGACACUUCCUUCUAAGAUGGAUGAAGCAGCCUCUGUUGGGAAAAAAUACCCAAUGACAGAAGAAUCGAGCAAUUCAGGAACGAUGUUUUCAUCUCUUGGCAGCUUAAGUAACUUCAGGCAGGAAGAUUCAGAGGAUGGACAGGUUGCUUCUGGACCUAUUAAUGAACCCUUGAAUGCCGUCCUGUCCCUUCAGAGAACAGUGACAGUUCCCGCAACAUAUUCCUGCACAUUACCCACUCAUGCGCUGGCCCGAAAAGACAUGGGUCUAAAAAUCUGCUCCUUGGGAAAGUUAUUGAAAGAGCCACAGCCUGAGAUACAUUCUGAGUACCCUUGCACAUCCGCUGGGACCUGUCACUUUGAAUUCAGAGAUCCAGGCAAGAGCCAUCCUUGCAACCGUCUAUGUUCAGAGGUUACAAGGCCUGUUUCUGACGGGCCAAAAGCAGACUGCAGAAACAUGUUUUGUAUGGAAUCUAAAAAUCAAAAUGUUGCCGUCUCAGAGCCAUUGUCCCACAUCCUGGGAAGAACAGAACAGACCAAGAAGAGCAACUCAUAUUCACCUUCGCACAAAAAACUCCCCCCCGAAAUCCAAACCCCACGCUACCUUUCGCUCAGAUCAGAGCUGCUUACCGAAACAACGGUUUCAAACCUUUGUUUGCCCGGUUCAAGGCUUGGCCAGGAGACCACGAGGUCUCUUCUCCACCACGGAUGUGCAGAUAAGAACAGUUGCUCUUUGCAACCGGAGGAUCGGCAAGGAAAACUCUGCACAGCUGAAUCUCCCACUUUCAAAAACCCCUCUGCUCCCUUGGGUAGCUCUGGAACUCCAUCCAAAUCUUACAAGAAGCAGACCCUGGAAAUGAUGAACAAACAAACGCACGUGGAAGAGGAUACAAGCAGUGAAGAUGAAGACAGGCUCGUUAUAGAAAUAUAG